AUGCCGGAACUCAAGGAGCAAGACUUCCUGGCAUACUACACCGCUAUCGCAUGCGGUCUCGUACACCGAGGAAGUGAUGGCAAGAUCGCGCCCGUGUCUUCCACCUCGACGCCUGCAGAAUCGUCGCGUCAAACGCCCGUCCUUGACGCUGUAGCGAACAAGGAGACCAGUGGGAAAGGAAAGAAAGGAGGGAGAAAGGGAAAGAAGGUUGUGGAGGCUGUUGAGGCCGUCGAGGGGGAAGGAGCUAGGACGGAUGUCGAAGCUGCCAAUGUCGAGGCCAGCAAAAGCAAAGAUAAGGGAAAAUGCAAGACGAAGGCCGUCGACCCCGCUCCUCCUGCUGUGUCUCAGACAACAGACGAGGUGCCGCCGGUCCAGCCCAAAGCAAAGCAGCCCAAGAAGAGUAAGAAGAACAAGGAGGCGGCUACCCCAGCUGUCGAGUCCACGAACGCAGCUCCCGAAACGUCUACACCUGUGCUUUCAGCCUACGAAACCUUGGCGAAAGAGAUCUCAAACAAGGCAAAGAAAAGGGUAGCUGAGAAUGCCGAGGCAGAAACAAGUCGGACACCCGAAAUCACGGCCGAGCAACCUGCGAAAUUCAAGCCGAGAAAGUCAAAGGCUGCUCGUACGCCUGUUGGUGUCGAAGAUGCGCCUGCACCUCUGCCACCUAUUCCUCCCGCGCCAGAACCUUCCUCCACCCCUUCAGGUCCUUCCAAGACUUCGACAAAGGUUGCAAAGGCCAAGACCCCCAAGUCUACGUCUCGCGCCAAACCUAUCGCUCCUGUCGCCUCCCCUGCUGUGGAGUCUCCUACCCUGGCAGAGUCCUCGACUCCGGCGCGUGGUGUACCACCACGAGACACCCGAGCACUCAGUACGCCCGUGAGCGAAGCGGACGUCUACCGAUACCACUUCUCACACGUUUCCGGGUCUGGAUCUUCCCACGACUCUCCUACAUCUCGCUCUUUGGCUUCCCCUGGCACUCCAGCUUCCCCUACACAGAGGGGCAAGAAACGCAAGAGCGAUGCCCUCGGCGCCGAGACACCGUUGCGCCAAAAAGUCUUGUCGCGGGGCGGCAUGGGUAAGAAGAGGAGUAGCUUGGAUUCGGAGGACCUGGCGGAUAUGGAAAUGGUGGAUGAGCUUGCCACACCGGGAAAGUCGCCUCCCUCUACCAGUGAAAAGAAGAAGAAGAAGAGUAAGAAGUCAAUUGGUGGACAAGAAGUCGCUUCAUCGGCUCCCGUCGAAUCUGUCUCUGUCGCUUCCCCUAUUCCUCCUCCCUCCUCCCCUGUAGUACCUGAUACUUCUACACCGUCGACAAAACCGAAGAAAAGCGGGAAAGAGUCAAAGAGAGACAAGAAGGAGCAAGAGCAGCGGGAAAAGGCCUUGGCGUUGGAAGCUGCUGAAUUGGAAGAGAAGGAAAAAGCGGCCGCAGAAAAAAAGGCGAGGAAAGAGCAGGAAAAGAAGGAAAAGAAGGAGAGGAGAAAGUCAAAAGCCGACGCGACCUCCGUCUCUCAGCCUCCCAAGAGCCCCGCCGCUGCCCCCGAUCCCCUGCCUGUCACUACUCCUGCGAAAGACACCCCAAUCACCCCAGCGAGCAAAAAGAAACGCCGCCUCACCGACCUUCCCAUCCCCCGCAUCACCCCUGCCAAAUCACCCGCCGUCACCUCUUCUGCCGAGACUGGCAGCCCGAGUGCGGUCAAGAAGCCUCGAAAGUCGGUGCCUACCACGCCGUUCGGACAGGGCCAGCCUGAGCCUGCGGUGAUGCAUAUGUAUGCUACUAUGGGUGUUGUCACGCCUUCGCCAAAAUCCAAGGGGGCGGGGUCGAGCAAGAAGGAGAAGAAGAAGGGGCCUCGGUGGAUCACGGAGACGCCGAAAGCUUAG